AUGGGGAGCAUGAAUAUUGUAGAAAAGUCAAAUUAUUGGUUAAAAAAAUUGAUUGUGUUACUAGUGGUAUUUGAGGUUUACAUGAGCAUUAAUAAUAAGGUGUUGUUGGUUGAUGCAACUGUUGUCAUUGAUAAUGAACGAGAAGUUAAAGUGAAAGUGAUGAACCGUUUGGGAUAUGGUGAUAGCAUGAUUGUUCAUUGCCAAUCAAACUACCAUGAUCUGCCAAGUGUGGUGAUUGAAGAUGGAAGAGAAAUGGAGUGGAUUAUCACUGGGAGCAACUUGUUGGGUGUGCCUUUAUUUCAUUGUGAAAUGCAACCAAAAACCUCAACUAUUUGGUACUCAUUUGAUGGUUAUGAUCCACAAAGAGAUGGCGGCAGGUGUCGAACCGAGUGCCGUUGGAUGAUACCUAACAAUGGGGCUUUGUAUGGCUAUGAUCAACGGUUUUCCAGAUGGGUUUGGUUUCCUUACUCUCUCAAGUCCUCCUAA